ACUUGACCGAUUUAAUUCUCCAGAUAAUUCAUUUACUCGACUGUUUAUCGCAAUUACGUAAGUUCCCCGCUGUAAGUCACCCCAGUCUCCGAGUGGCUGUGAUGAGAAGUCAAUAGACAAUAUGGCACCGCUAACAUUCGGAAUAUUAACAGUCAGCGACACUUGUGCACGUGAUCCAACAAAAGACAAAAGUGGAGAGGAAUUAAUACAUCUGAUAAUCGAUCACAGUACAGACACUGGAAGAAUCAUCAAAGGACAUGUUGCCCAAGUCCAGAUCGUCCCCGACAACGAGUUCACCAUCAUGGAAGUCCUGACAAACUGGUCAGACAAUGAGAACCUGAACGUGAUUCUAACAACUGGAGGAACUGGUUUUUCACCCAGAGAUGUCACUCCAGAAGCUACGAGGAAGAUCAUCCACAAAGAGGCACCUGGACUGGCCCUAGUCAUGUUGAUGACUAGUCUGAAGAUCACCCCAAUGGCUGCACUGUCCAGACUCAUCUGUGGUAUUCGCAACAAAACCCUGAUAAUAAAUCUCCCCGGUUCCCCCAAAGCUGCGAGAGAAUGUUUCGAAGCUAUCGCACCAGCUGUACCCCACGCUGUCGAUCUCCUCUUGAAUUUAAAACCAAAAAUCGAGAAGACUCACGAACACGUCCAGAACAGUCAAUGCAGACAUCAUUCAGGGAACGAGACAAUAGCUAUGAACCUGGGGCACGUGGCUGGACGACUGAGAGAAUCACCCUACCCCAUGAUAUCGAUGAAAGAAGCUGAAGACAUCAUCAAGAGGUACAGCUGGCAGGGGGAGAACGAAUUCGUGGAGCUGUGGAAAUGUCAUGGGAGAAUUCUCGCUGAGGAUGUUCGAGCCCAUUGUGAUCUACCUCCCUUCAGGGCCUCCAUCAAGGAUGGAUACGCGGUUAUUGCCAGUGAUGGUGGUGGACAGAGACAAGUACUGGGUGGACUAGAAGCUGGACACUCACCAGGAUCCAUAAAACUGGAACCAGGAUACUGUGUUCGUGUGAACACAGGUGCCCCAGUUCCUGAGGAAGCAACAGCAGUCGUCCAAGUGGAGGACACAAAACUCCUGGAGAAAACAUCCGACGGAAAAGAGGAAAAAACAAUCGAAAUUCUAAUUCCCCCCACAAUAAAUCAGGACAUCAGACCCAUUGGUAGCGACAUCAAGGAGGGUUCCCUAAUCCUAAAACGUCACACCAGAAUCGGUGCUGUUGAAACCGGAAUUUUAUCCUCAUGUGGCACCACCAAAGUCCAGGUCACAAAGCUCCCAACAAUUGGUAUACUCUCAACUGGAAAUGAACUACAACAAGCGGGUGAACAACCCCGACCUGGUCACGUAUACGACAGCAACAAGAUAACUCUCAUGAUGCUGUUCCAGGAGGCUGGUUACACCCCCCAGGACAUGGGUAUUGCUAUCGAUGAUGAGAAUGUCAUGAUUGAUGCGAUAAAAGAGGCACUGAGUCAUGUAGAUGUCCUUGUGACAACUGGAUCAGUGUCAAUGGGAGACAGGGACAUGCUCAAGCCCAUUCUAACGCAAAUUUUCAACGCUGACAUUCAUUUUGGCAGAGUUAACAUGAAACCGGGCAAACCCACGACUUUUGCAACAUGUCAAUACGAUGGAAAAACUAAAUAUUUUAUUUGUUUGCCUGGUAAUCCAGUUUCUGCUACUGUCACUGCACAUUUAUUCGCUAUUCCCUUUCUCAAUCGAUUGACAGGGAAUUACGCAAAACCGAUUAUCGUACCAGCUAAGUUGACGUUCUCCCACAAACUGGAUUCUCGUCCAGAAUACGCCCGGGUCAUCCUGAUGUGGUCAGAGGAGGAUCCAAUAGCCAAUGCUUACAGCACUGGCAAUCAAAUCAGCAGCAAACUCCUCAGUUGCAAAAAUGCAAAUGCACUUCUGAUGCUGCCAGGGAGUAGUGAUGAUCGCCUGGAGAUGCAUCCAGGAGAUGUUGUCCAGGCCAUGCUCCUGGGGUUCCAACAAAACGCCAUCUGAAAUAUUCCAAUUCAUUAAUUCGUUUUCUCAUGAAAUAAAUAAACUUAUGGGAUUUUUUAUCAUUUUAUAUCAAAGACGAUGGGCUGUAGAUUGUUAAUUUCUUUGAAUAAAAAAAGUUUAGUAUCAACUUUAUAUAAACAAUCAAUUAUAUCAUUUGUUUACUCCCUCAAACUAUUAAAGAGAAUAAAAUAUGGAAAAAUGAA